UGGGAUAUUGUUUGUGUCAGUGUGUUUGAGCACUACGUCGUCACGGUCUUUGUCAAUUUUUGUUUCACUUUGUAAUUAAAGAUGUGGAACUCAAUUCACGCUGCGCCUUGGUCCGAUCAUUUUCAAGAACGUGACACAAUGUGAAUUAUUUUUCCAGCUGCCAAAUGGCUAAUCUAAUCGUUUUGAAAAUCAGAGUGAUUUUGAUGUAGAAUAAAUUAAUCUAGGCUUCAGGUGUUUUAAAGUUGUAUUCCUGGUUGCAAAGUAACGGUAGACAAGCCCAUAGACAUGACGGACUGUCACAGUCCGCUCUGUGUCAGUGACGUGGAGUUAGUUUUCUUUAGGACCCUGCAGACGGCAGUUAAUCAGUUCAACGAAUGGCACCUGUUCUGUUCAAAGGGGAAAUCGGGAGGCCACGGUGUUGGUGCUAGUGUAUCCUUUUCGCGCUGAGUAAAAUAAACUUUUAAAAUGAAUACCUACGUCUAUCUUAUUUGCAAUACUAACUAAAGAGCGUCGCAAAGCCGUCUCUUCAAAUUUGUGAACAGGUUCCAAGCAGCGGCCAUUUUGCAUUGACCCACCACCAUGCGUCUGUUCCUGCGUCGGCGCUUGUCCCUCCUGAAGCUGGCCCUGGCUGGGGGGACUCUGUUUAUGGUUGUCCUUGUCAUCCUCCAGAAAGACGUGGGUAUCAGCUCCAACUCUGUCCAGGACCCCUGGUUCCAAGACCUGGUGGAACGCAAGGAGAGAGUGCUGGUGAUGGUCCGAGGAGCAGUCAACAACCUGGGCUUCCAGAUUGGAGCUCCCCAGCCUCCACCAGUAGAGGAGCAGCAGGCCACCUCAGACCGCAACUGUCCUCCAGGUCACUACACCCAAGCAGAGUUGAAGCCAGUCCUGGAGAGGCCCCAACAGGACCCCCAGGGGCCCGGGGCAGAUGGGACAGGCUAUGAGAAAGACAAGAUGACACCAGAGGAGGAGAAAGAGAAGGAAGAUGGGAUGACUGUUAACUGUUUCAACCAGUUCUCCUCCGACAGGAUCUCCCUCAGCCGUAGCCUAGGAGACGACACCCGGCCACCAGAGUGUGUGGAGCGUAAGUUCCGCCGCUGCCCUCCUCUCCCCACCACCAGUGUAAUCAUAGUGUUCCACAACGAGGCCUGGUCCACCCUGCUGCGUACAGUCUACAGUGUCCUCCACACCUCCCCUGCUGCCCUGCUCACUGAGAUCAUCAUGGUGGACGACGCCAGCACUGCAGAGCACCUAGGGACUCGGCUGGAUGAGUAUGUGAAACAGCUGAAUAUAGUGAAGGUGGUGAGACAGCAGGAGAGGAAGGGCCUGAUCACAGCCAGGCUCCUGGGGGCCAGAGGGGCACUGGGACAGACACUCACCUUCCUGGACGCACACUGUGAGUGUUUCCAUGGCUGGCUGGAGCCCCUGCUUGCACGUAUCGUAGAGGAGCCCACAGCUGUGGUCAGCCCAGAAAUCACCACAAUCAACCUGAAUAACUUUGCCUUCAACAAGCCUGUAGCCACCUCUAAGGCCCAGAACAGAGGAAACUUUGACUGGAGCCUCACCUUCGGCUGGGAGGGCAUCCCCGAGCAGGAGAGGAACAGACGCAAAGACGAGACCUACCCCGUCAAAACUCCAACGUUUGCCGGUGGUCUCUUCUCCAUCUCCAAGAAGUAUUUUGAACACAUCGGAACGUACGAUGACAAGAUGGAGAUCUGGGGGGGUGAGAAUGUGGAGAUGUCCUUUAGGGUGUGGCAGUGUGGGGGCCAGCUGGAGAUCAUUCCGUGUUCUGUGGUUGGUCACGUGUUCCGUACCAAGUCCCCCCACACCUUCCCUAAAGGCACCGAGGUCAUCACACGGAACCAGGUACGAUUAGCCGAGGUCUGGAUGGACGACUACAAACGCAUCUACUACCGACGCAACAGUAACGCUGCGAAGAUGGCCAAAGAGAAAGGGUUUGGUGACAUCUCCGAGCGUGUGAAUCUGAGGGAGAGCCUACAUUGUAAGAACUUCACUUGGUAUUUGAAUAAUAUCUACCCCGAGAUGUUCAUACCAGACCUCACCCCGACCAAGUUUGGAGCGAUUAAGAACUCUGGGACUCAGAGCUGUCUGGAUGUAGGAGAAAACAACCAAGGAGGUGGCUUUCCACUGAUCAUGUACACCUGCCACAACAUGGGGGGCAAUCAGUACUUUGAGUAUACGUCCCAUAAGGAGCUGCGUCACAACAUAGGGAAGCAGCUGUGUCUGCAGGCCAACCCCCAGCCAGACCAGGUUAAGAUAGAGCUCUGUACACUGAAGGGCCAAGGGACCAGUGUGGCCCCACAACAGGAGUGGCUCUUUACAGAGGAGAAUCUCCUCCAGAACCCAGCCAGUGGAAAGUGCUUACUCCUGAUAGGGAGCCAGAUAGUGAUGUACUACUGCAACACAGCUGAUCUCAACCAGCACUGGACAUUCAGUUGACCUCCCUGAACUUUAACCCCUGACCUUAACCAUAACUAAAGCUUGUACUGGACCUUGACCCCUCUACCAGCCCAUCCACCCAUAGACUCAGGGUCAAGAAGGAAAGGCCAGUACCAGCUGAGGACAACAGGACAGGACCAUAUGCCGCUGAGAACACAAAAUUGCUGACUUGAGAGGAAUGAACUGGUAGAACAUGGAGUACUGCAUACCUAUGUGAAUGAGCUCAGGAUUUAACCUCUGACUGUUUUAACUAUAUUUAUGAUGGAGACUCAGGAAUGAAGGUGGUCUGGUUCCUUCUUGUGGUGGGGAGGGAACUGAACACUGCAGCCUGGGUUGUGUUCAUUAGGGGAAGAUAUUUCGAAGCAGAGUGAAACUGUGAUCUCCACUCCUACCUGAACUUGUCCAAUGAGAACACAGAUUUAAAUUUGUUGCAAAACAUUUUGCUACGGUAUACCCUACUAAACAUGACCCUGAACUGGCAGGCAGCGAUAUGCUCUACCCAGCUAAUAUGGUAGGAAGAGGUCCAUCACUGACCACUAAAAUCUUAAAACCUGUCCGUUCCGCCAGCGGAACCCCUCGCCAACAGCCAAUGAAAUUGCAGGGCGCCAAAUACAAAACAACAUCAAUCUCAUGAAUCAAAUUUCUCAAACAUACAAGUAUUACAUUUUAAAAUAUUACAUUUU